AACAAGAGAAACACAGUACCAAAAUGGACCUCUUCGCGAACUAUUGUCGGCUGUGCCGGACCGAAAACAAUCCAACCGACAGUGAGCCACUGCUGACGCGCUCCGGUUACGAAAAGAUUCUCCUCUGCACCGGCGUGAAGAUACGGGUGGACGAUGGCUUGCCGCAACGGAUCUGUCGGCAGUGUGAGGCAUCCCUGGACCAGGUCGACACCUUCCGCCAGCAGUGCCAGGAGUCGGACGCUUGGUGGAAGGAGACAGUGGGCAAACCUGCUCCGAUUUCGUCGAUCUUUGUCAAACCGGAAGUUGCGGAGGAGCAUGGCGGUGAUAUGGAGGGUGCGCUGGAGACGGUUGUAAAGGUGGAGCCAGCUGCUUUUGAGUUUGAAGAUUCCGAUUUUGAGCCGACGAAGGACGAGUCAAGUUCGGAUGAAUGGGUUAAUGAACCCAGUUUUACGAGGGCUAAAUGUAAGAAAGUAGACAAGAAGUUCCAUUGCGAUCAGUGUUCCAAGCAGUAUGCCCAAAAGCAUUCCCUUGACGAACACAUGGCUCGCCACAGUGGAAUCCGGAACUUUUGGUGCUCAUUUUGCGAUAGUAUGUUCUUUACCGAGCGAAAUCUCAAGAUGCACAUUGACCGAAAACACACGGAGAAUCAACCAUUCGCGUGUGACAAGUGCAAUCGGAAGUUUGCCUACCAAAGGGAACUUGUCGAGCACCAGAUUAAACACUCGGAUAAAAAGCCGUUCAGCUGCACAUUGUGUUCCAAGACGUUCAAGACGAAUGGUUCCCUCAAGGCUCACAUGAAUUGGUCCCAUCAGCCGGAAGAAGUCAAGGCAGAAGUGAGGAAGGCCAGCCAGCGAAUCUGCGUUUGUUCGUACUGCGGAAAGGUUUCCACCACGGUCAAAACACACAAAGCUCAUCUGCGAACUCAUACGGGAGAGCAAAACUACGAGUGUAACAUCUGCAACAAGCGCUUCUCGGCGUUUUGGUCCCACCGCAAGCACAUGCUAAUCCAUACGGACGAACGGCCGUACCAGUGCGAGCACUGCCAGAAGGCGUUCCGCCAGCGGCACCAUCUGACCACCCACAUCCGCGGGGUCCACAGCAACGAGCGACCUUAUCAGUGCCGGUUCUGUCCGAAGGCGUUCGUAACCAAGCAGAGCAUGCAGUUCCAUGAGAAGACGCACGGGGACGCGGUGGACGGACUUGAGGGGGGACUGUAAAUUCACAGCGCUGUUGGAGUGGUCUU